ACAGCGUGGUCAGAGAUAUUACGCGCAAACAACAGCAGGCUUGACAAGACGAGGAGUAAUUUCACACAACUUCAGAACAAACGUUUUUUUGUGUUCACUACUAGCCUACUUUUAAUGAGACAUUUGGCUGUGUGUCUCUGUCGCUACACUCACCAUCACCAGUUGAAAGUUGGUGGAAAACUUCAGAGGAACCGUUUUUUUUUUCUGGAAUAGUCAACGACCAACGCCGGACUACAAACCGCUAUCACGACAUUGUUGCUGUGUCCGGAUUGUGAUCUCCGGCUGUAUAGCGGACUAUAGCGGUGUGCUCGUUGUAGGGCUUGAAUCCGACGUCUGGAACUGUAGCCAGUGACUGUAGACUAGUCCAUCUCCCCAAUAAUAGACUCUAUCUGCCCGGUCAGUGGCCCCGCGCUAUGCGGUCAGAGUGCUGACGGACCAAACCGGAAUCCUGCCCGUAAUACAUAGGCUUAGAGGCCUGAGAUUCUGUGGCCAGCCAUGCCUGUCCCUCCGCCCCCUCCCCCUCCUCUUGCACCCCCUCCACCUCCACCACCCUGUGCUGCUCCCCCACCACAGUCUCGGCCAGACCCUCCUAGUCUCCAGAGUAUUAGUGUUGGAGGAGGAAGAGGAGGGAGGAACGCCCUGUUAGAAGAUAUCCAGAAAGGAGCCAGGUUAAGGAAGGUUGUACAGGUCCAUGACCGUAGCGCACCAGUUGUCGACAAGCCCAGGGCCAGUGGUGGUGGUGAGGUCUUAUCUACCAGUGGUGCUCUGUCCCAGGACCAGCCCCAGGGAGGAUCAGGAGGAGGUGUGGAGGCUUUGAGGCCCUCUCUAGGGGGGUUGUUCGCUGGGGGGUUCCCCACCCUCAGACCUGCUGGACAGAGAGCCUACACAGGGAAGAACGUGGUUUCCCGCUCUAGCUCAUCAACGGGACUGAAGCCUCAGUGGAACCCUCCACCGACAUCGUCAGACAGUGACCACACCCCCGAGCCCUCCCAUAGGCCGACAGAGAGAGGAAGCCCCUCCCACCACCCUGCCCACUCAGCCUCCGCCCCUCCCUCCCCCUCUCACAGCAAACCUCCCCUGUCCAUCACUGCCCCCACCAUCACUCCUCCUCCCCCUCCUCCCUCCUUCCACGAGCGUCCCAGCAGCAGGCCUCCCCCCAUCCCUACAGGACCUCCCCCUCCUCCCCCUACCCAAGUCACCAAGCCUACCUGUCCCCACAGCCCUCCUCCUCCUCCUCCUCCUCCACCCCUCCCCGCCUCAUUCACCCCCAGCUGCCCCUCCUCUCUGCCCCCUCCAUCACCCAAGAUGCCCCCUGUGCCGUCCCCUGCCAUGCGGCCCCCGGUGCCCCCUCUGCCCCCCUCCUACCCCUGCACUGCACCCAGUCGACGACCACCAGCUGUGCCCAGGAGUGCAGGUGUGGGGAGGUCGUUGGCCCCUCCCCCUGUCCCUCCGGCCCGCUCCCCGUCCACUGAGCUGACCAACCGGAUCCCUCCCCCUCAUCCUCCUCCCCUCCCCCCCUCCUUAAUGAGGAAUGGACACAGCCCUCCUCCUCCCCUCCCCCCACCCUCCUUAAUGAGGAAUGGACACAGCCUAAGCCUGCACAGCCUGGAUGACUUUGAGUCUAAAUUUCAUUUCCACCCAAUAGAAGAUUUUCCCCCUCCAGAGGAGUUCAGGCCCUUUCCACGCAUCUACCCCAGCAGAGAGAACCGAGGAGGGAUCAGGACACAGCUACGGUGAUGCAGUGAGACAACACAGCCUCUUCAUUCUACAUUAUCCUCUUCCUCUGUCCCCAGGGGCCAUGCUCAUGGACAGAUAAUUGAGACAGUGUGUAUGUCUGUUUGGUGUGUGUGUGUUUGGUGUGUGUGUGUGUGUGUGGUGUGUGUGGUGUGUGUGUGUUGGGUGUGUGUGAUCUUGUGGCGAAUACAAUACUGUGUCACACCCAGUGCUGGCUAUGUGACCUCCAACCUUCUCCAGUGUGGAAUGUUUUGAAUGUGUGUGAGAGGAGGGCUGUCCCUACAGUGUCUGUUCCUCUCUCUCUCUCUCUCUCUCUCUCUCUCUGUCUCUGUCUCUGUCUCUGUCUCUCUC